GCCGUCCCGCGGCUGUGGGCACAGCGAGAGGCUCGGAGGGACCGACACCUGUGUGCACCAUGGCGAGCCCCUGCGUGGAGCUGAGCAACAAGAUGAAGAUUCCCUGCGUGGGACUGGGCACUUGGCAGGCUCCACCAGGAAAGGUAGAAGAAGUGGUGAAGUAUGCCAUUGGUGCAGGCUACCGUCACUUCGACUGUGCCUAUUUCUACCAGAAUGAAAAUGAGAUUGGGAAUGCAGUCAAGCAGAAGAUCAAGGAGGGGGCCGUGAAACGGGAAGACCUCUUCAUUGUCACAAAGUUGUGGAACACAUUUCACGAGAAGUCCCUGGUUAAGGUAGCGUGCAAGAAGAGCCUUGAUGCACUGCAACUGGACUACCUUGACCUCUACCUGAUGCACUUCCCUAUGGGAUUCAAGGCUGGUGAAGAACUGCAUCCUCUGGAUGACAAGGGUAUGAGUAUCCCCAGUGACACCAAUUUUCUGGACACAUGGGAGGCCAUGGAAGAGCUGGUGGACUGUGGUCUGGUAAAAGCUAUUGGUGUAUCCAACUUUAACCAUGAGCAGAUUGAAAGAAUCUUGAACAAGCCAGGACUAAAAUACAAGCCAGUAAUGAACCAGGUUGAAUGCCAUCCAUACCUCACCCAGGAAAAGUUGAUCAACUACUGUAAGUCCAAAGGGAUUGCUGUGACUGCAUAUAGCCCCCUUGGCUCUCCUAACCGCCCAUGGGCCAAGCCAGGAGACCCUACACUGAUGGACGAUCCCAAGAUAAAAGAGAUUGCAGCCAGACACCAUAAAACCCCUGCCCAGGUUCUGAUCCGGUUUCUCGUCCAAAGAGAUGUGAUUGUCAUUCCCAAGUCUGACAAACCACAGCGGGUUGAGGAGAACAUCAAGGUAUUUGACUUUGAACUGUCUAAAAAGGAGAUGGAUGUCAUCCUCAGCUUCAACAGGAACUGGAGGGCAGUUCCAGUGCUCCAAGCUGUCAAUCACAAGGACUAUCCAUUCAAAGCGGAGUAUUAAUGCCCGUGGUUUCCGAGAGACCUCUGUUUAACUCCUUCCAGAGUAGAGGAUGUAUGCAGCUUAGUACUGAUGACUUCUUCUGCGCUUGACAAUCAUUAGCAGCAGUUACUUGGCCUUCUUUUUCAGCAGACCACUAGCUGGUAUAAAAAUGCAUCAGUAGGGAUGGGUCUUUUGUUAUGAUGGUAAAAAGAAAUCUGGUUUUGAUUAGCAGUCAAAAGACAAUGUCUUUUCAUUUCCUUUUUUCCUUGUCUUCCUUAAUUAGAGACAUGUUCAACAAAAAAACUUUGGUUACUUACUAAGUUUUUUUUGUAUGUUCUUUCCAGUGCAGUCAGUGCUACUGGCUCAUGACUUGCUCUCAAGGAAUGCUGUCUUUAAUUACUUUGCUUUUUUACAUAGCUGUGAUUUUUAUCAUAUGACUCCCUAAUGCUUUAUUUUAUAUGAAUAAAGUUUGAAUAACAACAAAA